AUGAUAUAAAACAUAAAAAUACUAUAUAUGUUUGUCCAUUUAAGACUACACAUCUUGUUAGACAUAAACAUGAUUUGUAUAAAGAAUUUACAUCAUAAGAUUAUUAUGAAAAUCCACUAGAUUGAACCAAUUUUUCAUUAAAUAUACUUACCCUAUCUCACUAUUCUCGUUAAUGAUAUUUAUUGGGAGUACAAAUUUCCUAGAUAUAUUACUGAUACCUAAAUUUAAGUAAAAAUAUAACAUAUAUUUAGGAAUUAGUUGAAUCUGGAAAUAGUAGAUUAUAAGCUGUAUGUGAUGUUACUUGUGAUCUAGAAGGUUCAAUCUAAUUCUUGAAAAAGUUUACAAAUCCUGAUCACCCUGUUUACUAUUAUAAUCCAAUUACUUAAUCUAUUCAUGAUGAAUUCGAUUUCUAAUCACAAAAUGAUAUUAUGUAUAUGUCCAUAGAUUUCUUACCAUCUUAAAUGCCAUAUGAAGCUAGUAUGGAUUUUGGAAAAGCACUUCGAGAUAUUGUUCCUUAUUUAGCUUAUUCAGAUCCUAAUAAACCUUUAGAAGAAAGUGGUUUACCACAAUUUUUAUAAAAUGCAACCGUCACUCUACAUGGUUAACUCACUUCUAAAUUUGAAUAUAUUAAUGAAUUAAGGAAAAUUAAUGAAACUGAAAAUGACCAUCAAAAGUUUAAAAUGAUAACUUCAUAUUAUUCAAAUAAAAUUAAUGCAAAUAAAGAUAAUACUAUUGCAGAUAAUAAAUCUUUUCCUUAAUAAUAAAUGUAAACUCAAUAUUCAUAAUAUUAGAUCUGAAUUGAAUGCUUAAGAAUACUAACCUGAUAGAAAUUCACAUAUUUCUUAUAAUAGACAAACUAAUGUAGAAGAAACUAGAAAAAUCAAUAAUCAACAAACUUUUGAUGUGCAGAUCUAAAUUUAAUGA